AUGUUAUUAAACCAACCGGAAAGCACACCGGCACCGAAAUCAACACCAACUGAAGACAUGUCAUCCGCAAAUGAAUUAUUGUACUCACAUUAUGAUUUUGAAUCAUCUCCAAGUCGUACUUCAAAACGUCCAUAUUAUUUAAAUGUAGAUAGUGACAAAUCAUUUUUAUCAACUUCAAUUAGUGUGAACCUUUUAUCGAAAAGACAAAAAGCUGAUAGUCAAAUUUCAACCAGUAUGUCUACGAAUUUAUCUUCAUCAGUUAAAGCGUCAAAUAUAAUACCCAAUGAUCCUCACACACAAAAAACAUUUCAUGUUAUGAAAGAUAAACAUGAUAGACAACAAUUGGCAACGAGCCAAGAAUUAUUAAACAAAGAAACUGGCUUCCGUCAUCUUCUGGCCUAUCUUUAUUCAACAUUAUUUACAGAAGAAGAAUUAAAAGUUUCAUCGGUUGACGGCUAUGUUCGUGGUACAAAAGCAUUUGAUCAAGCAAGAAUAGCUGCCAUUGAUAAGUAUUUGUUUGACUUAUAUGGUGCAAGAUAUGCAAAAUUUCGUACAAGCAAUCAAUAUAAAGAAAUACUGAAUAAGAAAUGCAGUCGAAUAAGAACA